AUGAAGUUCCAGUAUCGACCCUCCGAGGCCAGGGGUGGGGCAGACCAUGGUUGGCUCAAGACGUUCCACACCUUUUCUUUCGCCGACUACUAUGACCCGCAAUUCCAAAACUUUGGGCACCUGAGAGUCAUCAACGAAGACCGUGUUGCUCCAGGACAAGGCUUCCCGACCCACCCUCACAGAGAGGCCGAAAUAUUCUCCUACAUCAUCAGCGGCCAGCUCUCCCACAAAGAUACCAUGGGCAACGUCGAAACCAUGUCCCGCGGCGACAUCCAAAUGACAUCCGGCGGCACCGGCAUCGCCCACUCUGAAUUCAACGCCCACCCCAUCCUCCCCACGCACUUUCUCCAAAUCUGGGCUCUCCCCCCCCAGCGAGGCUUGAAGCCUGCGUAUUAUACGAGACACUUUACGGAUGAGGAGAAGAAGGAUAAGCUGGUAAAGAUUGUAGCGCCGGUGGGAACGGAGGGGGUGGUGGAGGAGAGGGAGGUCAAGGGGACGACUCCGAUCCACUCUCCGGUAUACUUCUACGCCUCCCUCCUAUCCCCUUCCAAAUCCGUCACCCACACCCUCCUCCCUCCCGUCCUCAAACCCACAUCCCAAGACAAACUCAUCUACAUCCAGCUCGUCCAGUCAUCCGGCUACAACACCGGCGCCGCUAGUGUCAAGAACGGCGCUGCAGUCAAGGUUAUUGGUGGUGGGCAGGACCAGGUUAUCGGGGAGGGAGAUGGGGUGUUUAUAAGGGGCGGGCAAGUUGGGGAAGAGGUUGUGCUUGAGAAUGUGGGGCAGAAGGUUGGGGAGGUUGUGCUUUUUGAGAUGGACGCGUAG